GCCGAUAUUCGGAAGAUCUCCGGAAAUUCAUGGAGGAAACUUCGAGUUGAACUUCGCCAAACUUGUUGAAGGUCGAACAGCCAUCCGUGCUCAGAUUUUUGCGUAGCGGAGUUUUGGAAGCAAUAGGUACAGAUUCUUGAAGGAGGGGAUUGUUGGAGGGAAAGGUAGAGGUGAAGGAGGAAUAGAAAGUUGAAAAAUCUGUUAGAAUCGUUCAGAAAAGGAGAGCUUGGGAGCUUAUAAACCUUUUAAAUCCAGAAAGCAGUUUCGAUUUGAAAUUGGGAGUUACAACAGCAUCCGCUAUCAGAGGCAUGCACAGUAGUUCCUAAUCCAACCUAUUCGAAGAUCUGAAAACUCUUGUAGACUUGUAGUCUUGUUCAAGAAAUCAAAAAGGGGGUCAAAUCAGGUCAGAGACAAACAAACUCCCCUGCUAAAUUGUCUAGAAUGGCUUCUAAUCUGUUGGAAAUGCAAGAACCAAGCAUCGACACCGACAAGCUCAGCUACGAGAUAUUCUCUAUUCUCGAGAGCAAAUUUCUCUUCGGCUACGAUGAUCAGAAGCUCUGGAUGCCGAAACAGAUAUCUCCAGCUAAUGAAACAAAAUCUGGAGCUGCAGAGCCGGCAGCCACUGACAAUGGCGUAUCGGCAAUCAAGAACCAGAGAGGUAAGGUCUGCAUUCUCAGCAUCGACGGCGGAGGCAUGCGAGGGAUUCUAGCAGGUAAAGCCCUAGCUUACCUCGAGCAAGCCCUGAAGAACAAAUCGGGUAACCCCGACGCUAGAAUCGCCGAUUAUUUCGAUGUCGCCACUGGGACUGGCGUCGGAGGGAUCUUCACGGCGAUGCUCUUUGCCACCAAAGGCGGUGGCCGUCCCAUUUUCCGCGCGGAGGACACAUGGAGGUUCUUGGCGGAGCAGGGGAAGCGUUUCCUUCCAUCAUCAGCCGGUUCAUUUUCCCCCGGAGGAUUUAUCCGGCGAUUAUUCAAGGGUGGGACAAGCGGCUCAACCGGUUCAACAACAGCCGGUUUAGAAAGGGCCAUGAAAGAGGCGUUUACGGCAAACGGUCGGAAUCUGACCCUCAAGGACACCUUGAAACCGGUGUUGAUACCAUGUUACGAUCUCUCGAGCUCGGCUCCGUUUCUCUUCUCCCGAGCUGACGCGCUUGAGACAGACAGCUUCGAUUUCCGGUUGUGGGAGGUGUGUCGAGCGACUUCGGCUGAACCGGCGUUUUUCGAACCGGUGGGUAUGCGGUCGAUUGACGGGCAGACUCGGUGCGUGGCGGUCGACGGAGGGCUGGCGAUGAGCAACCCUGCCGGAGCAGCAAUCACGCACGUACUGCACAACAAGCAGGAGUUCCCUUUCGUACGAGGAGUGGAGGACCUCAUGGUCUUGUCUCUGGGGAGCGGUCAACUUCUCGAGGGCAGCUAUGACUACGAGCAGGUGAAAGGGUGGAAGGCGAAGGAUUGGGCCAGACCCAUGGCUCGAAUCGCCGGCGACAGUGCCGCCGAUCUGGUUGAUCACGCCGUCGCCAUGGCAUUUGGACAGAGCCGUAGCAGCAAUUACGUCCGUAUCCAGGCAAACGGAUCGAAUUUGGGGCAAUGGGGAGCCAAUGUGGAUAAGGACUGGAGCCCGGGCAAUGUGAAGAUGCUGGUGGGAAUGGCGGAAGAGAUGCUGAAACAGAAGAAUGUGGAGUCAGUACUCUUCGGAGGUAAGAGGAUAGCAGAGCAGACCAAUUUCGAGAAACUCGAUUGGUUCGCUGGAGAACUCGUGUUGGAGCAUCAGAGGAGGAGUUGUAGAAUAGCUCCCACAGUCGCAUUCAAGCAAGCUAGCUCCAAAGGCUUACUUAAACCACCCCCAAAUUAAAAAUGGUGGGGUGAAGCCGAGAAAAA